UCAACCUUUCCUUUCACUCUUAACUUUUUCUCAACAAAAGAACAGUCUGUUUUAUUCUAAUUUCCAAGUGGUUGAUCAGUUAUUCUUGCUAAAUUUUGGAUUAUAAUAUCAAAUAUAGAACAUUGCUUAAUCAGAAGAAAAAUCAGAUGAAUCGGUUAAGAGAAGAAUUGAAAUAUCUAAUUGCGUGGUAAUCCUUAUCUGUAUUGAUUAAUAUCAUUGCUGUCGUUGUCCAUGUUUUAAAAAAAAAAAUCUAAAAUUGUAGCAAUAGCAUAGAGAGAGAUAGAGAAACCAAGCUAUUACCAUUAGAAUUAUAUCUUUAUAACUAGCAUAACAUACAAUAUUCUCUUUUAUACUACACAUGAAAUAUUUUCAAUUUCAAUAUUUAUAUUGUUGUUGUAAUAAUAUACAACAACAAUAUACCCGAUCUAAUUCCACAAAGUGGAUCAGGAGAGGAUAAAGUGUGCGCAUAUCUAACCCCUACCUUAGUAUCUAAUAAACUUAGUUUGUUUAAUUUUGGUAUUAAGAUUUGUAGAAAAAUUUGAGAAAUUAAAUGCAUAAUACUAUUUACUUAUUUAUAUCUGUAUAUUUUUUGCUACUUUAUUCAACUGAUAAACUUUCAUAUCUACAUUUUAUACGUCAGAUCCUGAGAAUUUCAAAGGAAAGGAACUUGAAAGACACUUUUAUCUACUACGAAAUUAAUUUUAUGCUUCUUCUUUUUUCACCUGAUGAAGUUUUUAUCAUUUUUUAUACUUCAGAUCCGGAGAUUUUGGCUAGUGAAACUUGAAAGACACUUACAAUCAUGGACAAACAAGGAGAAAUAGAGAAAGGGAAAGCAAAUAAUUUUGAGGUGUCAUUUUCUGCUCUUCACAAGGACGUUGUCAACGUUCUGGAUUUCUUGGAGAGUUUAAAGAAUGAAGAAGAUCAAAAUUCUGUCGACAUAGCCGAUCAAAUUGAAGAGCUGAAACCGGUGCUGGCAUUUGUUUGUACGUACAUCCAGCUUUAUCACUGUGAUUUGGAAGAGUUUGAUGAUAAAAUGAGACUUGCAAGACAAUGGGUUGACAAUCUGCUUCGACCAAUUUUGGAUGAUGUUGACAGCAACCCUCAUGGAUUUAUCGAUGAUUGUAUCAGCUCGUGUCAUCACUCUACAUCAAGUGCCAUGAUGACUGACGAGCAGUUGAACUUCCUUCUGCAUAAUCAUUAUCAUAGAUGCAAGUAUCGUGCUGAACAGGUUUAUCCAUUGGAGACUUGGUAUGAGAUUCUUCAGAAAGUGUGUGGCAACAUGAAAGAUUUCCAUGGGUUGAUAGUGAAUGGUUGCAUUGAGCACGAGAUUGUUCAGUAUGUCUUGCCUCAGUUUCAACUCAUUUCUGAGAGAGUUGGACUCUUCCUUUGGCAUGAUCAACUUGAUGGAGACUCUCGACUCAUCAAGUUUGCACAUCUACUCAUGAAGAUUAUUCCAAUUGAACUGGAGGUGAUGCAAAUAUGUUAUACAAAUUUGAAAGCUUCAACUUCAGCAGAAGUUGGACUCUUCAUUAAGCAUCUCCUGCAAAUCUCCCCGGAUAUUCAUAGAGAAUAUCUGAUUCAUCUACAAGAGAACAUGGUAACUGUUAUUACCCCUAGCACAUCUGGGGCUCGAAACAUUCAUGUCAUGAUAGAGUUCCUAUUAAUUAUUCUUACGGAUGUGCCCAAGGACUUGAUUCAUCAUGACAAAUUAUUUGAUCUUUUGGCACGUGUUGGAGCACUUAUCAGGGAGGUAUCAACUCUUGUUCGUGACUUAGAAGAAAAAUCAAGGAAUGAAGAGAGUAUUGAUGAAACAAGUCGUGCAACUAUAGACUUGCUGGAAGAAAAAAUUGAACUCCUCAAGGAAGAUCUUGGACACGUUUAUCUGAAAGCCCCGGACUCAUUUCAAUGUUGCUUCCCUAUGAAUGAUGGACUGCUCUUCAUGCAUCUUCUACUCAUCCACUUGAAUUAUUUUCUAGAUUCCAAUGCUUAUUCAAUUACUUUGAUAAAGGAUGACAUUAGACUGGUGAAAGAAGCCCUCGAAUUCAUAAGAUCGUUCUUCGUGAAUGUUGAGCAAGGAUUGAAUAAGGAUCUCUGGGCACAUAUUUUCGAUGUGGCAUAUGAGGCAAAACAUGUCAUUGAUUCAAUUAUUGUUCGAGAUAAUGGUCUGUUACAUCUUAUAUUCUCACUUCCCAUCACCAUAAAAAAGAUCAAGCUUAUCAAAGAAGAAGUCUCCAAUAUAUCUGAGAAGAUACCCAAGAACAGGAGCCUCACUGUAGUAAACUCUACCAAGAAGACAGUUGAAAGCAAGUCAUUGACGGCUGGUAAAAUAAUUGUAGGUUUUGAGGAGGAGACAAACUGGUUAAUUAGUAAGCUCACCAGCGGGCAGAAAGAUCUUGAUGUCAUUUCAAUCACUGGUAUGCCGGGUUCGGGCAAAACAACUUUGGCAUACAAAGUAUACAAUGACGAAUUAGUUUGUAGUCAUUUCGACCUUCGUGCAUGGUGCACAGUCGACCAAGAAUAUGAUGAGAAGAAGUUGAUGGUGAAACUUUUUAAUCAAGUUACUGGCUCGGAUUUGAAGUUCGGUGAGGAUAUUGAUGUUGCUGAUAAGCUGCGGAAACAAUUGUAUGGAAAGAGGUACCUAAUUGUUUUAGAUGAUGUGUGGGAUACUACUACAUGGGAUGAUUUAACAAGACCUUUCCCUGAAGUUGAGAAAGGAAGUAGAAUUAUUUUGACGACUCGACAAAAGGAAGUGUCUUUGCAUGGAAAACGCAACACUGAUCCUCUUAACCUACGAUUGCUAAGACUAGAAGAAAGUUGGGAGUUAUUAGAGAAAAGGGCAUUUGGAAAUGAGAGUUGCCCUGAUGAACUACUGGAAGUUGGAAAGGAAAUAGCCCAAAAUUGUAAAGGACUUCCGUUGGUGGUUGAUCUGAUUGCUGGAGUCAUUGCUGAGAGGGAAAAGAAAAAGACUGUGUGGCUUGAAGUUCGAAAUAAUUUGAAUUCCUUUAUUUUGAGCAGUGAAGUGGAUGUGAUGAAGGUUAUAGAAUUAAGUUAUGACCAUUUACCUUAUCAGCUGAAGCCAUGCUUAAUUUACCUUGCCUGUUUUCCAAAUGACACAGAAAUCAACAGAGAUCUGUUGCAAAUAUAUUGGCGUGCUGAAGUGCUUGUUGAACAGACAGGGAUGAAGAGUUUGGAAGAAGUGAUGGAAAUUUAUUUGGAUAAUUUAAUUUCCAGUAGCUUGGUAAUUGCUUUCAAUGAGAUAGGUCAUUACCCGACUUGCCAACUACAUGAUCUUGUGCACGACUUUUGUUUGAUAAAAGCAAAAGAGGAAAAGUUGUUUGAGCAGAUAAGUUCAAGUGAUCCAUCUUCUUCUUCAGAUUUGAUGCCACGUAUGGUAAGCUUUAAUUUUAAUAAGGAGCACUUUGCGCCUAACAAUUUCGUCCUGUUCAGUUCAAAAAAGAAAAGGCAUUCGGGUAAACACCUAUAUUCUUUGUUGAUAAGUGGAGACAAGAUGGAAAAUCGUCUUUCUGAUGCAUGUCACCUAAGACACUUGAGGCUUCUUAGAGUGUUGAGCCUGGAUCCCUCUUUUAUGAUGGUGAAAGAUUCUUUGCUGAAUGAAAUAGGCAUGUUGAAUCAUUUGAGGUUCGUAAGAAUUGGGUCAGAAGUUAAAUCUUUGCCUUCAUCUUUCUCAAACCUCUGGAAUCUACAAACCCUGUUAGUUGAUAAUGAAUUAUCAACCUUAGUACUAUUACCAAGACUUUGGGAUCUU